AACGGUUGAAAACAGAUUGAUCCGAGAGUUUUUUAGACUACUUCUCUUGUAUAUUAAAAUUGUUAAGUCCCUUUCUCUGUCCCCUCCAUCUUUCACAGUCUCGUCUUUGCUAUGUGGUGGAGUCCGACGAUUCGACCCACUAAUCAUCAGAGGGGCGGCUGCGUGAAUGAGUGUGCGCUGUGUUUUUGUUUUCCUCUGCUUCUGUCACUGAUUACAAAUAAUUGCAGAACCGAACGCAGAGAUUGAGAGGACGAGCGAGCGAGCUUCCAUUCAUGGCUCCUCAACACGAAGGCACAGAGGUUGUUGCAGAGGAGGCGGAGGCCGAGGCUGCAGAUGCGGAUAAGAAGCUCAUCUCCAAUAUCGUUAUCGUUAUAGCGAUGCAGACUGAAGCGCUUCCACUUGUGCAAAGAUUCCAGCUAAUGGAGGAUCCUGAUACCGUGUUCCCUAAAGGGGUUCCUUGGGUCAGAUAUCACGGUAUUUACAAAGAUCUGCGUAUUAAUCUAAUCUGGCCAGGAAAAGAUCCAAUUUGGGGGGUUGAUAGUGUUGGUACAAUCACUGCAUCCCUUGUAACAUUUGCUUCUAUCCAAGAAUUGAAACCAGAUCUUAUCAUAAAUGCAGGCACUUCUAGAGGCUUUCAGGCUAAAGGAGCAUGCAUUGGGGAUGUAUUCCUGGCUUCAGAUGUUGCUUUUCAUGAGAGAAGGCUACCUAUACCUGUUUUUGAUGAAUAUGGAAUAGGAGCUCGGCGGACCUUUUCAACCCCAAAUAUAUUGCGGGAACUUAAUAUGAAGACCGGCAAACUCUCUACUGGGGACUCUUUGGAUAUGUCCCCUCAGGAUGAAGCAUUGAUCAUUGCAAAUGAUGCUACAGUGAAAGAUAUGGAGGGAGCAGCAGUGGCCUACGCAGCAGAUCUUUUCUCAGUGCCAGCAAUAUUUGUUAAAGCUGUCACAGAUCUAGUGGACGGUGAUAAACCGACUGCAGAAGAAUUUCUGCAGAAUAUGGUGGCUGUGACUGCCACACUUGAUCAGGCUGUCACCAACAUUGUGGAUUUCAUUAGUGGGAAGUGCCUGUCUGAACUUUGAGAGUAAGGUGAAAAAGCAGGUUCGAGGUGAAAAACUGAAGCUCUUCUCCGAUGACAGCCACUAAUAAACAAAAGUGUACUCCAAUUUGAUUCUCACCCUUUCGAAUUGUAUAUUCUGGAGGCUUCCCGAAUGUCAUUAUAGUGACCUUAAAGUUAGUUCACUUAGUUGUUUAGUUUCCUGCAUCAUCUCCUGCUGAUAUAUCUUUGAUCUUAGCUUUCACUAGUGGAUGAAGCUUUAUCUUAGUGAUAUGUUGUGGGGUUUCAAGUAUUGUAUUCAAGGUGAAUCAAAAGCUUAAAUCGUUGCACAUUAUCCAAA